AUCCGCCAUUGCCAUUUGAAUACCUUAGCCCUCUCAAUCACCACUUUCGACAUCCAAAACACCCAAAUCUAAACUCCACCGCCACCGCCGCCGCUACUACCUCGGCGGUCGCGGUUCAAAUCUCAAUAUCAUCACAAACAUCACCCUCAGCGCCUUCCGAAAUCCUCAGAUCUCCGCGAAUGCAGCAAUGAAUCAGAGCGCCGAGGAAGAAGAGGUUUACAACAUCAUCCCCGUCCACAAUCUCCUCGCUGACCACCCCUCCCUCCGCUUCCCCGAAGUCCGCGCCGCCGCCGCCGCACUCCGCUCCGUCGGCGACCUCCGCCGGCCGCCUUUCGCACCAUGGAAGUCUCACUACGACCUCCUCGAUUGGCUAGCCCUAUUCUUCGGGUUUCAGGCAUCCAGCGUGAAGAACCAGAGGGAGCACAUCGUGCUCCACCUCUCCAACGCUCAGAUGCGCCUCUCUCCGCCGCCUGACAACAUCGACACGCUCGACCCGACCGUUCUCCGCCGCUUCCGCCGCUCGCUGCUUAGGAAUUACUCCAAUUGGUGCUCUUACCUCAACCUCAAGUCGAACAUCUGGCUCUCCGACUCGCACUCGCGCCACGCGGCGUCGGAUAACCGGCGGGAGCUUCUCUACGUGUCUCUGUAUCUCCUGAUUUGGGGUGAGUCGGCUAACUUGCGCUUCGUUCCUGAAUGUAUCUGUUAUAUUUUUCACAAUAUGGCGAUGGAGUUGAAUAAGAUAUUGGAGGAUUAUAUCGAUGAGAACACGGGGAGGCCGUUUUUGCCCUCUGUAUCUGGGGAGAAUGCUUAUCUGAAUAAAAUUGUGAAGCCAAUUUAUGAUACAAUUAAAGCCGAGGUUGACAAUAGUAAGAAUGGGACGGCACCACAUUCUGCGUGGCGGAAUUAUGACGAUAUAAAUGAGUACUUUUGGAGUAAGAGGUGUUUUGAUAAGCUGAAAUGGCCAAUUGAUCUUGGGAGUAAUUUUUUCGUGACUGGACAUAAGGGGAAGAAGGUAGGGAAGACGGGGUUUGUGGAGCAGAGAUCGUUUUGGAAUUUGUUUAGGAGCUUUGAUAAGCUGUGGAUUAUGUUGUUUCUGUUUCUUCAAGCGGCGAUUAUUGUUGCCUGGGAAGGCAGGGAGUAUCCAUGGCAGUCGUUGAGAACUACAGAAGUUCAGGGAAAGUGCUUGACUGUGUUUAUUACAUGGAGCGCUCUGAGGUUUUUACAGUCUCUAUUGGAUUUCGGAAUGCAGUACAGCUUGGUUUCAAGGGAGACCAAGUCUUUGGGGGUGAGGAUGGUUUUGAAAACUGUGGUUGCGGCUGUGUGGGUUGUGGUGUUUGGGGUCUUUUACGGGAGGAUUUUGGAUCAGAAAGAUCGUGAUCGUAACUGGGAUAGUGGUGCUACAAAGAGGAGAAUGGUCAAUUUUCUUGAGGUUGUGGUGGCUUUUCUUGCUCCAGAGCUGUUGGCCGUGGCUUUAUUCUUGAUACCAUGGAUUAGGAACUUUUUGGAGAACACAAACUGGAAAAUAUUUUAUUUGCUGUCCUGGUGGUUUCAAAGCAGGACUUUUGUGGGUCGAGGGCUACGGGAAGGUCUUGUUGACAAUGUUAAGUACAGCCUUUUCUGGAUUGCAGUGCUUGCCACAAAGUUUGUUUUUAGUUACUUCAUGCAGAUUAAACCCAUGAUUGCUCCAACAAGGGCUUUGCUGGAUCUCAAAAAUGUUACCUAUGAGUGGCAUGAGUUCUUUGACAACAGUAAUCGGUUUGCAGUUGGGCUGUUGUGGCUUCCAGUUGUUCUGAUUUACCUAAUGGAUAUCCAGAUUUGGUAUUCAAUAUACUCUUCAUUUGUUGGUGCAGCAGUUGGGUUGUUUGAUCACUUGGGUGAAAUUCGGAAUAUGCAGCAGUUGAGGUUGAGAUUUCAGUUCUUUGCUAGUGCUAUCCAGUUUAAUCUUAUGCCUGAGGAGCAGCUUUUGAAUUCAAGAGGUAAUAUUAAGAACAAGAUCAAGGAUGCCAUUCAUCGAUUGAAGCUGAGAUAUGGACUCGGCCGGCCAUUUAAGAAACUUGAAUCCAACCAGGUUGAGGCCUACAAAUUUGCAUUAAUAUGGAAUGAGGUAAUCUAUACGUUCAGAGAGGAAGACAUUGUCUCUGACCGUGAGGUUGAGCUCUUGGAGCUGCCUCAAAAUGACAAGAAUGACCCUAGAAGUAACUGGGAUAUCGGGGUAAUUCAGUGGCCAUGCUUGCUCCUGUGUAAUGAGCUGCUUCUUGCACUGAGCCAGGCAAAAGAAUUAAUAGAUGCUCCUGACAGGUGGCUUUGGUAUAAGAUCUGCAAGUCUGAGUAUCGAAGAUGUGCAGUUAUUGAAGCAUACGACAGCUUAAAGCAUUUUUUGCCCGCAAUUGUGAAGUACGAUUCCGAGGAGCGCUCCAUAAUCCGAACUUAUUUCCAAGAAAUUGAUCAAUUUGUACAGCUGGAGAAAUUCACAAAAUCCUAUAAACUGACUGCCCUCCCCAAGAUCUAUGAUAAGUUGGUCCGUCUUCUUGAUCUUAUCGUCAAGCCUGAUAAAAAUGCUGAUAAGGUGGUGAAUGCACUUCAGGCCCUUUAUGAGGUCGCUAUCAGAGAUUUCCUGAAAGAUCCGAGAAACAGCGACCAGCUGAUUGCGGAUGGUCUGGCUCCUCAAAGGGCAGUUUCUGGUGAAGCAUUGCUUUUUCAGAGUGCUGUUGAGUUGCCUAGUGCAAGUAAUGAAACUUUCUAUCGUCGUGUUCGGAGGUUGCAUACCAUUCUCACCUCUCAUGAUUCCAUGCAAAAAGUUCCAGAAAAUCUUGAGGCAAGGCGUCGAAUUGCCUUCUUCAGUAAUUCCUUGUUCAUGAACAUGCCUCAUGCUCCUCAAGUUGAGAAAAUGAGAGCCUUCAGUGUUCUUACCCCAUACUACAACGAGGAGGUGCUAUUCAGCAAGGAACAGCUACGAACUGAGAAUGAAGAUGGGAUUUCAACCCUUUACUACAUGCAAACCAUUUAUGCCAGUGACUGGAGGAACUUCAUUGAGAGGAUGCGUAGGGAAGGGAUGAAAAGUGAAAGAGAACUGUGGAAUGAGAGGCUGAGAGAUCUUCGAUUAUGGGCGUCAUACAGAGGCCAGACACUCACUCGCACAGUGAGGGGAAUGAUGUAUUACUACCGUGCCCUUGAGUUGCUGGCUUUUCUGGAUUCUGCUUCUGAGGUGGACAUGAGAGAAGGAUCUCAGCAACUGAGUUCCAUGAGGCAUAAUGAUGAAGCGGACCGUUUGAGCUUAGAUCAGUCUCCUUCUUCAAGAACUUUGAGCAGAGCCAGUAGUUCAGUCAGUCUUAUUUAUAAAGGGCACGAGCGCGGAACAGCUUUAAUGAAAUUUACUUAUGUAGUUGCAUGCCAGAUUUAUGGUUCUCAAAAGGCAAAGAAGGAUCCCCAUGCUGAAGAGAUACUUUAUUUGAUGAAGAUCAACGAAGCACUUCGUGUUGCCUACGUUGAUGAGGUGCAAUCAGGGAGGGAUGAGAAAGAGUAUUACUCUGUCCUGGUGAAGUAUGACCAGAAGUUGAAGAAGGAAGUUGAGGUAUAUCGGGUCAAGCUGCCUGGUCCAGUGAAGCUUGGUGAAGGGAAACCAGAGAAUCAAAACCACGCCAUUAUAUUCACCAGAGGAGAUGCAGUUCAGACCAUCGACAUGAACCAGGAUAACUACUUUGAGGAAGCUCUGAAGAUGCGGAAUCUCUUGGAGGAAUUCAAGUCCUACUAUGGUAUCAGAAAACCUACCAUCCUAGGAGUUCGGGAGCACAUUUUUACAGGUUCUGUAUCAUCACUUGCUUGGUUUAUGUCUGCUCAGGAAACGAGCUUUGUGACCUUGGGGCAGCGUGUUUUAGCAAAUCCAUUGAAAGUUCGGAUGCAUUAUGGGCAUCCUGAUGUGUUUGACAGGUUUUGGUUUCUAACUCGGGGAGGUAUAAGCAAGGCUUCCAGAGUAAUCAACAUCAGUGAGGAUAUUUUUGCUGGUUUCAAUUGCACAUUGAGAGGUGGAAAUGUUACCCACCAUGAAUACAUCCAAGUUGGAAAGGGAAGGGAUGUUGGGCUGAAUCAGAUCUCUAUGUUUGAAGCCAAGGUUGCCAGCGGGAAUGGUGAGCAGAUACUAAGUCGAGAUGUUUAUAGGUUGGGUCACCGGCUGGACUUCUUCCGAAUGCUUUCUUUCUUUUAUACAACCGUUGGCUUUUUCUUCAAUACCAUGAUGAUUAACCUCACUGUGUAUGCAUUUUUGUGGGGUCGGCUCUAUUUGGCAUUAAGUGGGGUUGAAGGUGCUGCUUUGUCAAAUGCCAAUGAUAAUCGAGCACUUGGUACAAUCUUGAACCAGCAGCUCAUCAUCCAACUUGGUCUCUUUACUGCCUUGCCAAUGGUUGUGGAGAACUCUCUUGAGCAUGGAUUUCUGAAUUCUAUUUGGGAUUUUCUGACAAUGCAGCUCCAACUCUCUUCAGUGUUUUAUACAUUUUCUAUGGGGACCCGUGGUCAUUACUUUGGCAGAACGGUUCUGCAUGGUGGUGCAAAAUACCGUGCAACUGGCCGUGGUUUUGUGGUGCAGCAUAAGAGCUUUGCUGAGAACUAUAGAUUAUAUGCUCGUAGCCAUUUUGUUAAGGCUAUUGAACUUGGAUUAAUACUUACUGUUUAUGCUUCUUACAGCCCAGUUGCUAAAGAUACUUUGGUGUACAUAGCAUUGACUGUUACCAGUUGGUUUUUAGUGGUUUCGUGGAUUUUAGGCCCCUUUAUUUUUAACCCCUUGGGCUUUGAUUGGUUAAAAACUGUGUAUGACUUUGAUGACUUCAUGAAUUGGAUAUGGUUCAAGGGUGGUGUAUUUGCAAAAUCUGAACAGAGCUGGGAAAAGUGGUGGUACGAAGAGCAAGAUCAUUUAAGGACGACUGGGCUUUGGGGGAAAAUACUGGAGACCAUUUUGAACCUCCGUUUCUUCUUUUUCCAGUAUGGUAUUGUGUAUCACUUAGGCAUUGCUGCUGGUAGCAAGAGCAUUGCUGUUUACAUGCUCUCAUGGAUAUAUGUGCUAGUGGCCUUUGGGUUCUACUGGGUAAUAGCUUAUGCUCGGGAGAAAUAUGCUGCAAAGGAGCACAUUUACUAUCGUUUGGUUCAGUUCCUUGUGAUCAUCUUUGGAGUAGUUGUUAUAGUUGCCUUGCUCCAGUUUACCCACUUCAAAUUUUUGGAUAUCUUCACCAGCUUAUUGGCUUUUGUUCCUACGGGCUGGGGAUUCAUAUGUAUUGCACAGACCCUUCGUCCCUUUCUGGAGAAAACCAUGUUGUGGGAUACUGCUCUCUCUGUAGCUCGCAUGUAUGACAUCAUGUUUGGUGUUAUUGUCAUGGCCCCUGUCGCCCUCCUAUCAUGGCUGCCCGGAUUCCAAAACAUGCAGACGAGGAUUCUCUUCAACCAAGCUUUCAGUCGGGGCUUACACAUAUCUCAAAUUCUGGCUGGGAAGAAACCCAAGGCUGAUGAGUAAAGAUAAGGUUUAGAGGCGACUCGUGGAAAAGAUAGAACCACGGAACUUUGGACAUAGGUACGUCUUUCUGUUUACAACCACGGAACUGGAGAUUCUCAUCAAUUAUCGACAUUGCCGGUUGCUCCAUCUUUCUCUUGCUGUUUAUAAAAUUCUGAGAUUCCUGAUAUUUCAUUUGUUUGUAUUCAUCAAUAUAUGACCCAGAUUUUGUAAGAAAGUAUGUGGAUGAUGUGUUUCUUUCAUUUCUGAGUAAAUAUUGCCAGCUUCAUAUUUA